AUGUGGGUCCAUCUACCAGACGUACUUGAGUUUUUCUUUGUCGCUCAUCCUCCAUCUGGGAGAUGUGAGGGUGAGGAGCACAACCGUGUUAUGUAUUUCUAUCCGAAAGGCGAGACUCUGGACCGACAGACUGAGAUUACUGGUUUUGCUGAAGCCGUAGUGAAUUUCACCGAUAAUUUCGUAAAUCCGAAUGAUCAUGCUGAGAAGCCUGAGUUUCCUCAUCGAACAGUCUUGACGCAGAAAAUCCAGUGCGCUGCUGCAGAAUACUCCAUCUUUUUACCUGCUAUUCAGAACGUGUUAACUGAUACUUACAAAAUGUUUCGUCUUUUUUUCGGAAAAUUCAGACCAUUCAGGAAGAAUGAUCAGCAGAAGUUCACUGAGCGACUUGAGUAUUUCUUUGGGAGAUAUUUGCCACUGCUAAAGUUACAUCGGGUAUACCUUUCAGAUCCAAUGCCCCUUUUGGAUUAUCUAAGCGGAGCGGCGUUCCUUCGAUUGGAUGGUCCUACGUAUUUGAAUGUGGUUACGAUGUCAUCUGAACUUUUAGAAGAAUUUCCCAUUAUUCAGAAACUACUUGUCUUAUACCAGUUCUACGAAUGUAGGAAAUUUAGGCUAUCUCAAGGUCGUUUCCUCCGUGGUCCAUCGGAUCUGUGUGUUGAUACACCGCUUGUUGGACAUGAUGCACUGCCAACUGUCUUCCUUUUUAAUUGUGUCGAGGAUGAUGAUACUGAAGAACUCGUGAAAUACCAGAUGAUGGUCUAUCGCUGUUUGAACGCCACAGUAUGUAUGUUUACGGAUCAAGAAGUGACUAGAAUGUUGAUGCGGAACAUAGAUGCAUAUCUUGGAAGUGAAUUGAGCACUGUUGCAUCGCAAAUUGGCGACUAG